UUUAAACUUUAAUUAAUUUCAGAUAAACUGAGCAGGAUGAAUCCUAACCACCCUCAUUACGCAGGGCUGGGGGGUGGUCCGAACCUUAAUCUACUUGACAAUAUGUUGAUGGCUGCAGGGUUUCAGGCGACGGAUCAGCCGAUAGUUCCCCGGCCCGCUUUAGUACCUCAAUAUACAUACGCACAGGUUACGCAUUCUCAGGAUGUGACAAUGCAUCAGCAUGCUCUAAACCUUGGCCAACCUCACACAACCAUCGCCGGUAGCGAUCCCGUCCACGUGAUCGUGUACCAGCAGAACGAGCACCAGCAGCAGCCCAUCAGCUACAAGAUACCUCAGCUCGGCACUGUGGUGGCACAGGAGCAGAACUUUGUCGUUAACGACCAGGGAGGACAGAUCUCCAGGCAACCUAUAGUCACAAGCCAAUCCAGCCGAGUAAAUGAGGCAGGACAGCUUGCUCACACCUCCCAGGCAAUUACCCGCCAUGUUCAAUCCCCGGCGGAGCGGCGAAAGGAUAUUGUGGCGCAGGCAAUGCAAGAGCAGAAGAUAUUUGAAGAGAGUAUCCCUAAACAGGAACCUAUAGUAAAGCAGGAGCCUGGAGUAACUACUGAUCCUAAUGUCUCCAACUCUCAAGAUACUAAACCUUUAAUAACAGCGACCAAGAGUACACCGGGAGCCGGGGUUCAGGGACAAAGGAAACCGUAUCAAAGAUCAAGCAAUUAUAAUAGGCAGCAGGUCAUGCCCAGGCUUACGAUCCUUGAUGAUGAAGAUGACGGGUUAACCUGCAGGCUAUGCCUAGCCAGCUACUGGUACAAAGCUGAGAUCUAUGAACAUCUCAAGACGGUUCACAGCAUCAACGAUCCGGAUAAAUACGACAAGGAGGAGAAGGAGAAGAAGAUGAGGAGAAUGAGAGAGGAGCAGCAGAGGAUAAUGCUCGCCAAGAAGCAGAGAGAGGAGCGGGAGCGAAGACUACGUGAUGCCAAGUUUGGUCGAGGACGAGGUACUCCUGGAACUAUCAAGUUGACCAGCCCUGGGGCUCGACCUAGUCAAGCGCCGGGACAGAGACCUUCUUUCCAGUAUAGAGACGGAGCUUUCAUUUGUGAUCUUUGUAAGGAAAGUUUCAGUGAUGGAAAUGAUAUGGUGACACAUUGGAAAAGUCAUGUUAAAAAACAGCAAGCGGAGGCUGCAAAGGUGACACGAGGCCGGCCUCCUGGCAAAGGUAGAGGUCGAGGGAGGCCGUCUUUACAGUCUAGAAAUGAGUCCAGUGAAGAAGACGAUAGCGACGACGACGACGAUGACGAUGAUGAUGACGAGAGGGGUAAGAGGAAGGGUAAGGGAGGGAAGGGUAUGCCCAGGUGGACUGCCUACUUACUCUGGUCUACAAGAAAACGGCGUGAUGUUGUUGUUGAUCAUCCAGAUUGGUCUUUCGCUCAGAUAGCCAAGUGGAUUAGCGAUGAAUGGAAAAAGAUCGAUGCCAUGGAGAAGGACGAGUUGCAGAAGGAGGCCGAGGAGAUGAACGAACUCGGGAUUAGGAAGCUCCCAAGAGAUGACGAUGGACCAGACCCAGACAAGGACACUACUGAUGAGGAUUCAGAUUUCGAGGAAGGAUACAGAAAGAAAACAAAACCAAUUAUGCUUAAAAUCAAGAAAGAAAAGGGUCGAGGAGAUGACGAUUCAGAUUCUGAGGAGAGUGAUUGGGAGCCGGAAGCUGAAAUUAUGCCACCUGAGAGAGAGCAGACGAGGUCUGGCCGGCAACGGAAACGGCCGUCAUUUUUCCAGAACCCCAUCUUACAGGAGUUUGAAAGCCAAGAAAACAACCUCGACAGUAUCCUGGAACAGUUUGAGAAGGAGCAAGCCCAAGAGUUCGGGAAACCUAGACAACCUAAACCAGAGAAACCUCCGACAGAGAAGAAACCCCGGAAGCCGAGGAAGAGGAAGGAGCCGGUGAUCACGCAGGAGAUGUUGGAGGAGGAACUGGAGGUGGAAGUCCUCAGAUCUGGCCGGAAAAGGAAAGUUCGAAGAAUAAUGACACAUUUCAUGGAUGGAAGUGACGAGGAUGAUAAAUUAGGACACGGGGCCAGCAGCGACGAUGACGACUUCGAACCCCCUCCGGAGGAUGAAGUGGCAAAAAUCGAGGAGAACGAUGAUUUGAUAGAAGAGGAAGAAGAGGAACUAAUGGAUGAAGAGCUGGAAGACGAAGAAGAGGAAGAUGACGACAGACUACGGUACCAUGACGACCUCGAACUACCACCGAAGAAGCGAGGACGACCUAAGAAGUUGUUAACAGACGAGGAGAUAGAGGAGGCAACCUCGGCUGCUAUACGGACAAAACCAGUAAUUGAAAUAGUUCCUGUUCCGAGGGUUCCCAAACCUAUUACAGAAAACGGAAAUCCAACUCAGACUGAAGUACCUGGAGUUCCUGGAGAAUUAGGAACAGCAGUACCUGGAGUAGGACAGAACACACAAGAAAACAUUAAUGCUAUUGUCGGUGAAGUUGUUCAGAAUGCUAUGGAAGGAGGUCUCAAUAUGCUGCAAGGGGAGCUAAAUGAAGUACAUUUAGGACAGGAUGUGGUCCAAGAAGCUUUGCAGGAGGGUCUUGCUGGAGUUCAGGAGGGACUUGAUGUAGUUCAAGGAGGUCAAGAGGUAGUAGGGGUCCAAGGGGAAGGAAUCCCUGAAGGUUUGGUUGGAGUUGAACAAGCAGAAUUGUUGGGUGUUGAUGUAGUAUCCGAAGAGCAGGAUAGGAUGGAUGGAGUUCAGGAAGGUGGUUUGGGUGGUCUGGAAGGAGAAGGAGCUCCGGUUCCAGCUCUUGAAGAUCUUGGAGAGGACUCGGAGAAGAGUGCAAACACCACAGCUCAGGUGAAACCUCCGUGGGUUAAAGAGACUCUGUCUGACUCUGAGGGUGAAGGAGAUCCGGAGUCGAGUGAUAAGGAUCCCAAGAAGCAGGUUCGAUCUGAACCUCUUGUUCAAUCAAUGGCACCCGUGACUGAGUCUUUAAACACUAAUGCUGAGCUAAACCCUCCGUAUAUUGACUCUAGUGAGAAGGAACCUGAUCCGGAACAGUUUUCGGAGAAUCCUCUUGAACCGUCCUUGCAGGUUCCGGAAGAGGCUGUGAGUGACGGAGUCGAUAAUUCGGAUUCUGCGCAACCCCCAGUGCCAUUGACUUCUAUAGUGAGUGAGAGCUUAGCUCCGUCUUCCGAAACACUUGAACUGGAGCCUGUCCCAGCCCAAACCCUGAGCGAAGAAUAUCUGCUCACGGGACCAGCCCACAACCUUGACGAUUCACAGUUUAAACCUGAUAUAGUAGAUCCCAACCUUGACGAUAUAUUCAAAUGAUCCUGUGAUCUGAUAAGUAGUGAUUUUCGAGCUAAUUUUGGGUUUCUCUGGAAUCAAACGGGGCAUUCUAGCCUUUAUGUACAACUGUAAAGAGACAGUCGUCUAAAACAUUAUUGUAAAUUAAUAAAAUACAAAGAUAUAAGAUGCAACAGACUGGUCAAAUAUAUUCUUCCAAUAGAUGGUUUUAAUGCAAGUCUAAGCUUGUUAGAUAACGCCUUUAUGUUAGAUUUCGAGUCAAAAUAUAAUAGUUAUCAUUAGUCCUCAGUCUUCUCAUUUGCAAAGCAAAACUUUAUUUCAAUACAAAUAUUAUAUUUUUGCUCGCGUCUGAUUUUCCGCAUUAAACCCGUCUCAACUUUCACUUCAUUAUGUAACAAGACGCGAAAAUUGGUAAUGUAGCAGAUUAAUUAGUUGAAUUCCAAAUGGGAACCAAUUUAUUGGCGUUUUUUGUUUAUUACUAUUUUCUGUUUAUUUUGUAUCCAAAUAUAUGAAAGAAAAUAA